CUUUCCACGAUUCUCAGCCGUUGUUGUAUGCGUAUAUAACUCAAUCAUUGGUGCGUUUCUCAUUCUCUCUCUCAGCGAGCCCUCUCUCUCUAUUCAACCGGAAUUGUUACACGAGAAAUAGAGAUCACAUUGUUUCUGCUGUGUUAAUGCUGAGAGAGAGGGGGUUUGGAGGCUUUUUAUUCAAAGAUUGGUUGUUUUUGAGGUAGUUUUGAAGGUCGUGUCUGGAAUACCAUACUGUAGAAAACAUCUGAUUAGUUUGCAGAGAGAAGAGAUCAUAUAUAUAGAAUUGAAUGAAACUUUUUGAUCUUCCCUUGUCCCGUAUUCCUCCCAAACAUCAUUGGAUUUAAGAAAUUUUAGGAUCAUAUCGGAAAGAUGGGCAAGCUUUCGGAUUUGAAUCAUGCGACAUUUUUGCCGAUUCCACCUCCCCUGCCUCAUCCGUACGCAGAACAAACCUUUAUUCAUUAUAGGAGCAGACCAACGAGGAAACACUGCCGCACCUUCUCCUCGUCGUCGAACCGCCGGAUGGAUCUUCUUUUCGAUGAAGGAUAUCGAGCCGAUGUCGCCAUUAGCACGGAUGACGGCGCUAUUAUCUAUGCACACGCUAGUAUUCUCGGUGUGUCUUCGCCGGUUAUGAAAACGAUGUUGAGAAAACCGAGACGCAUGCGUGGCGAUCGGAUUGCAAUCUCGAUCCAUGGAGUUCCGUCCGAGGCUGUCUCCAUUUUUGUUCGCUUUUUGUAUUCUUCCUGCUACGAGGAAGACAAACUGAGGGAACACAUCCUUAGUUUACUGGUGCUGUCGCAUUCGUACGCGAUUCCUCAGCUAAAGCGCGAAUGCGAACGGCUGCUGGAGGACGGAAUGAUGACGGUGGAGAACGUAAUCGACGUGUUUCAGCUAGCGUUACUCUGCGACGCGCCCCGCCUCAGCCUUAUGAGCCACCGUUUCAUCCUCAGGAACAUCAAGCCCGUUUCCCUCACCCAAGGCUGGAUCGCCAUGAGGAACAGCCACCCCGUCCUCGAAAAACAUCUCGUGGAAUCCGUAAUCGACGAAACUUUUAGGCAGAAGGAGAAGGCGAGGAAGAUGGAGGAGAGGAGCAACUACCUGCAACUGUACGAGGCGAUGGAGGCUCUGGUGCACAUAUAUAAAGAAGGGUGUCGGACGAUUGGUCCGCUUGAUAAGAGCUUGAAGGAGGAUCAGGAAACGUGCAAGUACGGCGCGUGUAAGGGGCUGGAAUCGCUCAUCCGCCACUUCGCCGCCUGUAAAAUGAGAGUCCCCGGCGGCUGCAUCCGCUGCAAGCGGAUGUGGCAAGUCUUCGAGCUGCACUCUCGCCUUUGCGCUGAUUCUGACAAUUGUAAGGUUCCCUUGUGCAGGAAUUUUAAGGAGAAGAUGAGGAAGCAGAAUAAGAAGGAUGAGAUGAAGUGGAAAAUACUAGUGAGAAAGAUUGUAAGGUCUAAGAGCAUCUCAGGAGCUCCAUUUUUCUCCGUUGAAUCAACAUAAAACCUAAGCUUUGAGUCUUCUUCUUUGUACACUACAUUGUCAUCAUAUUUGUAACCCGCGCCUACCCAUUCAAGAUUAACGUAAUAUUUUUGAUGUUGUCUUGGCAUUCUCUUCAUCAGCAUGCCCACCCUCCAUUCUAGCCUUCAUCAUUGUCCUAAUCCUUGAAAGUUUUAUCCAUGACCUUUUUGUAUGUCAUGUUAUAAAGGCUAUAUUAUACCUUUUUGGAUAAAAAUAUCUUUGUUAUUA